AUGGGAACUGUGGCCCUCCCUGGGCUUGACUUGGGGACUGGAGCCCUCCUUGGGCUGGAUGUGGGAACUGUGGCCCUCCCUGGGCUUGACUUGGGGACUGGAGCCCUCCUUGGGCUGGAUGUGGGAACUGUGGCCCUCCCUGGGCUUGACUUGGGGACUGGAGCCCUCCUUGGGCUGAACGUGGGAACUGUGGCCCUCCCUGGGCUUGACUUGGGGACUGGAGCCCUCCUUGGGCUGAAUGUGGGAACUGUGGCCCUCCCUGGGCUUGACUUGGGGACUGGAGCCCUCCUUGGGCUGAACAUGGGAACUGUGGCCCUCCCUGGGCUUGACUUGGGUACUGGAGCCCUCCUUGGGCUGGAUGUGGGAACUGUGGCCCUCCCUGGGCUUGACUUGGGGACUGGAGCCCUCCUUGGGUUGGAUGUGGGAACUGGAGCCCUUUCUGUGCUAGACGCUUGUAAUGGAAUUCUCUCUGGGCUAAAAUUGGGGACUAGAGCCCUCUCUGGGCUGAACUUGGGGACAGGAGCCCUCCAUGGGCUAAACUCAGGGACUGGAGCUGACAAACGAGCAAGCUCUGGGACUUGA